AUGCAUCAAACUAAGGAGUUGAGGCAUAAGGCUGCUGGUCACGAUGGUACGUUGACCGACAAGGAUGAAUUGCUGGUGUUUAAGCCUACUGUCCAGCAGGAGCUAGAUUUCUAUAAGGCGAUCCAAAACAAGAUGUACAGUAGCGAGGAGUCCGUGGAAGGAGAUGUGCCUUUGUACUCCUGGAUGCCUACCUUCCUUGGCGUUUUAGAUGAAGGAUUUCGGGAAGUACCCGAAGGAGCAAAGGUACUAUCCACAGUUGUACCGUCAGAUGAUGGUUCCAGGGAAAACUCCACCGAUAUAGGUGACAAAAAAUACAUUGUCUUGGAGAACCUGCUGCAUGGCUUCUCACAGCCUAACGUACUCGACGUCAAACUGGGGAAAGUUCUUUAUGAUGAAAACGCAUCAGAUGAGAAGAAAGAUCGUUUGAACCAAGUUAGCCGCACAACGACUUCAGGGUCUCUUGGAUUCAGAAUAUGUGGCAUGAAGUUGAAGAAAAACGCAUCGCUGAAUGGCAUUGAUGCAGCUUAUUAUGAGACAGACGAUGAUGACUAUGUCUUUCUGAACAAAUUCUAUGGUCGUAGCCGCACAAAAGAAAAUAUAGAAGAAGCAUUUUGCGUGUUCUUUGCUAGUGAUGCCCUUUCAUCUGAAAGAAUCAAGAAAUUGAAACGUACCUUUCACCAGAGGCUGCAAUUGCUUUAUAAUACUCUUUUGGAAGAGGAAGUGCGAAUGAUAUCAUGCAGUUUGCUGCUAAUCUACGAGGGCGACCCUGAGCGUUGGGAUGCUUUGAAAGAUCAAGACUCGUUGUUGCGUGAUGACUUUAUAGAUUCCGGUGAUGAAGGCGACGAUGAAGUCGAAGAGACCGUGGGAGGAAGAGUCCUGAGUUCCCUUUCCCUGAUCGACUUUGCUCACGCAAGACUGGCACCAGGUGAAGGCUAUGAUGAGGGCGUUGUUGACGCAGUUGAAAAUCUAAUGACAUUAUUUCACGACCUUUGUAUUAAAAGCUAG